AUGUUGAAGCCUCAGCCGCCACAACAGACCUCCCAGCCCCAGCAGCCGCCCCCCACGCAACAGGCCGUGGCCCGUCGGCCUCCCGGGGGCACCAGCCCGCCCAACGGCGGUCUCCCGGGGCCCCUGGCCUCCACCUCGGCUCCCCCAGGACCUCCUGCGGCCGCCUCCCCCUGCCUAGGGCCUGCAGCCGCUGCCGGGAGCGGGCUCCGUCGGGGAGCGGAGGGCAUCUUGGCGCCUCAACCGCCGCCACCACAGCAGCAACAUCAGGAGAGACCAGGGGCAGCGGCCAUCGGCAGCGCCAGGGGACAAAGCACAGGAAAGGGACCUCCACAGUCACCGGUGUUUGAGGGUGUCUACAACAAUUCCAGAAUGCUGCAUUUCCUUACCGCUGUUGUGGGUUCCACUUGUGAUGUAAAGGUGAAGAAUGGUACCACCUAUGAAGGUAUCUUCAAGACACUGAGCUCAAAGUUUGAACUGGCAGUGGACGCUGUGCACCGGAAGGUAUCGGAGCCAGCAGGUGGCCCUCGUCGGGAAGACAUAGUGGACACCAUGGUGUUUAAGCCAAGUGAUGUCAUGCUUGUCCACUUCCGAAAUGUCGACUUCAAUUAUGCUACUAAAGAUAAGUUCACUGACUCAGCCAUUGCCAUGAACUCGAAGGUGAAUGGGGAGCACAAGGAGAAGGUGCUUCAGCGCUGGGAGGGGGGCGACAGCAACAGUGAUGACUACGACCUGGAAUCUGACAUGUCUAAUGGAUGGGACCCCAACGAAAUGUUCAAGUUCAAUGAGGAGAACUAUGGUGUAAAGACCACCUAUGACAGCAGUCUCUCUUCUUACACGGUGCCCUUAGAGAAGGACAACUCAGAAGAAUUCCGUCAGCGGGAGCUGCGUGCUGCCCAGUUGGCCCGAGAGAUUGAAUCGAGCCCCCAGUACCGCCUGCGGAUCGCCAUGGAGAACGAUGAUGGGCGCACAGAGGAGGAGAAGCACAGUGCGGUUCAGCGACAGGGCUCAGGGCGCGAGAGCCCCAGCUUGGCAGCCAGGGAGGGGAAGUAUAUCCCUCUACCCCAGCGAGUUCGGGAAGGUCCCCGGGGAGGCGUUCGCUGCAGUAGUUCUCGGGGCGGCCGGCCUGGCCUUAGCUCUUUGCCGCCUCGUGGCCCUCACCAUCUUGACAAUAGCAGCCCUGGCCCAGGUUCUGAGGCACGCGGUAUCAAUGGAGGCCCUUCCCGCAUGUCCCCUAAGGCCCAGCGACCUCUGAGAGGUGCCAAGAGUCUGUCUUCCCCCAGCAGCAGGCCUUCUGGAGAAGCUUCUGUUCCACCUCCUCCUGCAGUGGGCCGGAUGUACCCGCCACGCUCUCCCAAAUCAGCUGCCCCCGCCCCAAUCUCAGCUUCCUGUCCUGAGCCUCCCAUUGGCUCAGCAGUACCGACCUCUUCAGCUUCCAUCCCAGUGACGUCAGCAGUUGGGGAUCCUGGAGUGGGCUCCGUUUCCCCAGCUUCUCCAAAGAUCUCACUGGCCCCCACAGAUGUAAAAGAACUUCCGGCCAAGGAACCUGGAAGGACGCUGGAGUCCCAGGAGUUGUCCCGGAUUGCAGGGAAAGUCCCUGGCCUUCAGAACGAACAGAAGCGUUUUCAGCUGGAAGAACUGAGAAAGUUUGGGGCCCAGUUUAAGCUUCAGCCCAGUAGCUCCCCUGAGACCAGCUUGGAUCCUUUUCCUCCACGGAUCCUGAAAGAGGAGGCCAAAGGGAAGGAGAAGGAGGUGGAUGGUCUUUUGGCUUCAGAGCCCCUGGGGUCUCCUGUUUCCUCGAAGGCCGAAUCAGUAUCGGACAAGGAGGACAAACCUCCCUUGCCACCAGCAGGGGGUGCCGAGGGGCCGGAGCAGCCUCCCCCACCUUGCCCAAGCCAAACUGGCAGCCCCCCAGCGGGCCUCAUCAAGGGAGAUGACAAGGAUGAGGGCCCAGUUGCCGAACAAGUGAAGAAGUCGACGUUGAACCCCAAUGCCAAGGAGUUCAAUCCCACUAAGCCCCUGCUCUCUGUGAAUAAAUCCACCAGUACUCCGACUUCUCCUGGGCCCCGGACUCAUUCAACUCCCUCCAUCCCGGUGCUGACAGCAGGCCAGAGUGGGCUCUAUAGCCCCCAGUACAUUUCCUACAUACCUCAGAUCCACAUGGGACCAGCUGUUCAGGCACCUCAGAUGUAUCCGUACCCUGUGUCCAACUCAGUGCCUGGACAGCAGGGCAAGUACCGGGGCGCCAAAGGCUCCCUGCCCCCCCAGCGCUCGGACCAACACCAGCCAGCCUCCGCCCCUCCCAUGAUGCAGGCCGCCGCUGCCGCCGCUGGUCCACCUCUGGUGGCCGCCACCCCUUACUCUUCCUACAUCCCCUACAACCCACAGCAGUUCCCAGGCCAGCCCGCCAUGAUGCAGCCCAUGGCCCACUACCCCUCGCAGCCGGUGUUUGCCCCCAUGCUUCAAAGCAACCCACGCAUGCUGACGUCGGGUAGCCAUCCCCAGGCCAUCGUGUCAUCCUCCACCCCUCAGUACCCUUCUGCAGAGCAGCCCACCCCCCAGGCCCUUUAUGCCACUGUUCACCAGUCCUAUCCACACCAUGCUACGCAGCUCCAUGCCCACCAGCCGCAGCCGGCCACCACGCCUACUGGGAGCCAGCCGCCGUCCCAGCAUGCGGCCCCCAGUCCUGUCCAGCACCAGGCGGGGCAGGCCCCACACCUGGGCAGUGGACAGCCGCAGCAGAACCUGUACCACCCAGGGGCCCUGACAGGCACGCCGCCUUCUCUGCCACCGGGACCUUCUGCCCAGUCCCCUCAGAGCAGCUUCCCCCAACCAGCCGCUGUAUAUGCCAUCCAUGCCCACCAGCAGCUGCCCCACGGCUUCACCAACAUGGCCCAUGUUACCCAGGCCCAUGUCCAAACUGGAAUCACAGCAGCCCCGCCCCCUCACCCUGGGGCUCCCCACCCGCCCCAGGUGAUGCUGCUGCACCCACCCCAGAGCCAUGGGGGCCCCCCCCAAGGCGCGGUGCCCCAGAGUGGGGUGCCUGCACUCUCAGCUUCCACACCCUCACCCUACCCCUACAUCGGACACCCCCAAGGUGAGCAGCCUGGCCAGGCGCCUGGAUUUCCAGGAGGAGCCGAUGACAGGAUUCUAUGUAGGGUGGGCAGAAGCCACAGUCGCCGCCGCCAGGGGCUUGCUCCUGGCUCUGUCCUUUGCUUCCCUCCGUCCUCGCUCAGUUGUGAUCCAGCAGCCCCCCUCCCCACUGCCUCCCCAGCUCUCAGUGACCCCGACUGUCUCCUGACUUAG